GUUAUACCAUUGGGUACAGAUGAAGAGGAUCUUAAUAAUUCAAUGGUCAUAAAUCUACUGCAAGAAUGUUUUUCAGACCACAUGUUUAAUUACGACAAAUAUUUAAGUAUAAGUUCUGAUCAGUUGAAUUCUAUAAAGCAUGAUGAUUCAAUGCCAAUAGAGGAAAAAAAAGAAAAGAUAGAUAUUAUUAGUAAUGAAUUGAAUCACAUCGAAUCGCUAGAGAAUCUUACAUUUGGAUUAUUGGAAUAUUUUUUUAAACUCGUUGAAGAAUAUCAGAAUGGUGAUGUAAAGUCACGGUCUAAUUUUAAAAAAGAAACACUGAAAUUAAUUUCAACUUUUCACAAUUCUGCAUUAAAAAUGAAUGAUACAGAGUUUUUCCAACAUUUAUUAAAUCAAUAUCAUCCAAACGGAAACAUAAGGCACGAAAAAUUAAUCAAUAAUCAUCAAAAAAUUAAUGAAGUGAAAAAAGACAAUUUAGCUUUAGAUUUGGUUGAUGACAUGUUAAAAGAAGUCAGUGAUUCUGCCGAUCAUCUUGAAGAAAAUAUGAAUAAUAAUAAAUUUGCUGAUAAUCCAAAGAUGCACGGAUCUCUUGAAACUGUUGUUAGAUUGGAGGAAGAUGAAGGCGAUUUUUUUUCAAUGAAUGAACAGGAAGGUGAUUCAAUUAAUGAUGACGAAAUACAUAGUCAUCAUAGAUUAGUUGGAUUAGUUGAUCGUGAUAAUAAUGAAUACGUUCUUACUAGGCCUCAUGACUUAACUGUCUUUUACGAAGAUGCACAACUUUUACGAGAUAUAAUUGUUACAAUAGUUUCAUCUUUUGUAUUUGGCUCAAUUUCAAAUAGUAUUGGAUUACCAGAAACAUUAUCACAAUUAGGAGUUGUCUUUAUUGUGUUUAUGUUGGGACUUGGAUUUUCAUUUGAAAAACUUAAAUCUUCAUGGAAAUUUGCACUUGGUAGCGCAUCAUUGAUAUUCAUUUCAACACUUAGCUUUUUUAUUUUUUCUGGUUUCAUCAUUGGAGCAAGUAUCAAUCAAGCUAUUUUUAUUGGUGCAUGUGUAUCACUCUCUAGUACAACUGUUGUUGAACGUUUGAAAUGUCAAGAGCUUGAACCAUUGUAUGCUUUACCAGCACUUUCUAAAUCUGGAAUUGAUGUGAUUUUAGCUAUUGGUCAUUUACUUUUAUCUUUAAUGGUGUUUUUUGGGUUAAGUUAUAUAAUCACAAAACUUCCAGUUGCUUGGAUUCUUAGAACGACCAAAAAAAGCAAUAAUCACGAACUCUUCCUUCUUGGCUCAAUAUCAUUAUGUUUAUUGAUGUCACAGUUUUCACUUUUACUUGGUCUUGGUGUUGAAAUUGGUUGUUUUGUUGCAGGAGUGUUUAUACAUAAUUGUAGAUAUAUUAUUGAUUCUUCAAUUGGCGUGGUUGAACCAGUUAAAGAUUUGUUUUCAUGUUUAUUUUUUGCCAGCAUAGGACUUCACAUUUAUCCCAGUUUUUUGAUUAAUGAAGCACCAUUAUUGCUUAUACUUACUGCGGGAGCUGUAGGAUUUAAAUUUAUUAAUAGUAGCCUUGCAUUAGCGAUAUUAGGACAUCCAAUUCAACGUGCUUCAACAAUGGCAGUUGGUUUGGCUCAAAUUAGUGAAUUUGCAUUUGUGCUUGGAAGUCGUGCAAAAGGAUAUGGAAUCAUAUCGAGAGAAGCAUACUAUCUUCUAUUAACAACUACUUCUUUAACACUUGUGGUAACACCGAUAUUAUGGAAUAUAUUAUUCAAUAAAAAAAAAGAUUUUAAUAGUAGUAUUGGUGGUGGCAAUACAGGUGGGGUGAUACCUUUUUCAAUAAACAAUCCUGGAAAG